ACAAAUAAUAUAGGGUAUUGCUAUCAUCUAUAUUUGACGUCUGAAAUGAAAUGGAACUCGCAUAAACAAUCACAAUUCUUCAAAAAGAAAAUAAAAUUCACAAUUCAUUGGUCAGGCAGAGUGGGUUUUCGUCUUUCUCUAUCUCGUAACGCAAUCAGUUUUUGGAUUGUCUCUUGAAGAACGAGUUUUAGCUUUUGAUUAAAAGAGGACAUCAUGAUAUCUGUCUAGGUGAGAGUAAUAAUUUAUUUGUGACCAUUGAUUGAAACACCACCACCACCAUUGGGUUUAAUUAAAUGGAAAUCAAAUCACAAGAUAACAAAGUUGAAUUCCAAGUAAAUGAAAAUCAAGCUUAUGCAUCAGAGAAAGGAGAAAAUAGCAGUGUAGUUUUCUCAAGGGAAACACCUCUAAUGAGGAAAGACUCAACCAUGUCCAGUUCUCUUCAUUGUUGUAAUACCAAGAAGCUCAAAUCCAGGGCCGCUACAACGGAUCAUGAGCUUGGGAGUAGUGACAAUAUUCUGUUGGAGAAGAAACUAUGUAGACAAGACAGGAUUGAAUUGGGCCGGUCAUUGCAAGGUGCAGUCAGUUCCCAUAACUGGGAUCUUGCAGAAAGUUUGAUUCUUGUUGCUGAUCCACAAACACUUAAUGAUGCCUUGUGUAUUACCCUCGAUUCCAUCUGGUUUUUGACCACUGAGUUUGAACUUAAUGGAAUAACUCUAUUUAUCAAGAAGAUCAUUGCGAACGGUGCUUAUGACUUCACUAGGGCUACUCUAAGGACUUCAUUCCUUGCUUCAUGUGUUUCUGCAUGCCAGAGCAGAACAAUGAGUCUUGUUGAUACUAUUACUGUAAUGGCUCAGAGGUUGCAUGAGCGUCUCCAGGAAUGCAAUGGAGAUGAAGUCUUGAAGGCAGAAGCUGGUGCUAAGGUGCAAAAGUUUACUGAAUGGGCUCUGAAAUGUAUUGGCAUCCAUUCCAAUCUUCAGGAUGAUAGUAAUAAUGUGAUACACAUCUCAGCUGUUGAGACCCAGCUCCGAUUAUCUGCCUUUAAGACCUUCAUUGAUCUUGCUGGCAACCGCCUUACGGGGAAGGACUUCAGUGAGGCCUUUGAUGCGGCUUGCUUUCCUCUUACUCUUUUCUCAAGCUCAUUUGAUCCAGGCUGGGCAUUUGGCAUGUCGGCUGCUGUGAUCCAAGGGUUGCUGGGCAUGUUAGUAGAGGGGGGUGCAGACAAUGUCAAUCAGUGUUUCUUGGAGGCUUCACGUUUUGGAAGUACAGAACUUGUCCGUGUACUGUUGCAGAUUGCACAAAGAAACAACUUGGAUGUUGAUGUUGACUUAGCCUUGGGCUUUGCCUCCCAUUACUGCAAGAUAGGCACUAUGGAGUGCUUGGUGGAAGAGGGAAAUGCCAUAGCCUUUUUGGGCCCUUUGAUGAGAGCUGCUGAAAGGGGUUGUAUGCAAGUUGUUGAGUGGUUUGUGCAGAGGGGUUGCCGAGACAUGGAACUCUGCCUUGCCCUUACUGCAGCCACUUCUAGCUGUCAAGUUCACAUUGCUUCGUAUCUUCUUCCCCAUGUACCCCAACAGGUUCUUGCAGCGCUUAGUGUUGAAAUUCUCAAAGCUGCUGGUGAACGCAGUGGUGGAUCUCUUGAAGGUGUGUCAUUUCUCCUCCAAUCUGACUUCUUAGGUGAUCCCGCAGCAACUUAUGCUGUUGCAGACAUUAUUGCUAAAUUGGAGGAUGAGGCUGUUGCUCCCGAGCUAAAGGCUUUUCUUAAAGAGCAUUGGUCAGAAGGAGCUUACAUAGAAGGAUUAAAGUUAGGGCAAGAGCAUUACAUGAACCUUGUGAGAAUCAUUGAACGGGGUGAGUCUCCUAUUUGCUUGAGAGAUCUUCCAUCCCCACUGACUGUGGCAAUUGCUUAUCUCCCACUUUAUAGAGAGUGUGUCAAGGCGGGUGGCUGCUUGUUUUCUCAACGACUUAGGGGACAAUUGGUUGAAGCUGCAAGAAGGCUUGGGGAUAGGGUCUUUGAUGAAGUGACUAAUGCUAGAGAUUUACUAGUGAUUUUGGAGCGUCAUCUUCCCCAAUUUCUGCUCCCUCUUACCAGCGUCGCUUAGGUAGAUUUGGCUACCAUUGUUAUAUAUUUUGCAUUUUUAUUUCCUUUUGCCACCCUUCUUUAUUAUGUAAUGAAUGCCACUAUUGAUGUUUUUCUUUUCUUACUGAGAAACGAAGUUUUAUGGUAGGUUUUUCUCACCAUCUACAACCUAGUGUCUUAAAUUUCAUAUUUUUUAAUUUAUUAUUAGAACUAGCGUGUUAUACCAUGCAUAGUAAGUUUAUGAGUUGUUGGCUGUGUACAUGAGUAUAAAGUUAGCAAGGGAGGUGGAUACAAUCAGGCGAUGAUGGAAUCGGAUGCUCUUAUGGCAAAAAGUCUGCUACAGCAGAAUUGUUGUCCGACUCAUCUGUGUUCUGUGCUGGUGGUCAGAAUAGUGGAUAUGGCUAAACCUAUGGCGAUUAGUAGUUUUAGAUAUGUUCCUACAAGUGCUAAUCAAGCUGCAGAUUGCUUGGGAAAAAGAGGGCUUUCUUUUGGAUUGAUUAGUGAUGUCUAUGAUAAUGUUCCCAUUUUUUUUUGGGUUAAGAUUUCUUUUGGAAGAUGUAAUGCAUUUUGGUAAGUUUAUGAGAUCCUUGUAUAUCACAAAUGUCCAAGUAACAUUUCCAAUUUUAAA